AUGAAACAGGAGAAACACCUGGGCCAAGGCACCCGCACAAACAUCUAUGCUGGCAAGCUGAAUCUGAGAAAUGAGGAUGAAGACAGUUUGCCAGGUCAUGAGGUGGUGGAUGUGGUUCUGAAGGUGCUGGGAGCGGGAAAUUACAUUUCCGCCUUCCUGGACACCGUCAGUGUAAUGCAGCAGAUAUCUCAUAAACAUAUGGUUCUGAUGUAUGGCAUAUGUAUGCACAUCAUGGACGUCAUUAUGGUGGAGGAGUUUGUUCAGCACGGCCCUCUGGAUCUGUUCAUGAGAAAUCAUCGCUCUGAACUCACGCCCUCCUGGAAGUUCCAAGUGGCCGAGCAGCUUUCCAGUGUCCUCAGUUAUUUGGAAGAUAAGAAGCUUGUUCAUGGGUAUGUCUGUGCUAAAAAUGUCCUGUUGAAGCUGGAUGGUCUGAAAGGACAAGGUGGUCCUUUCAUUAAACUGAGUGAUCCUGGACUGUCAAUCUCUGUGCUUAACCAAGCAGAGUGUAUUGAUAGGAUCCCCUGGAUCGCCCCGGAGUGUGUUAAAAACCCCAAAGCACUAAGCAUUGCAGCAGACAAGUGGGGGUUCGGGACCACACUAUGGGAGAUCUGCUACAAUGGAGAGGUGCCCCUGCGUGAAAAGAAACUCUUAGAGAAAGAGCGAUUCUACGAGGUGUUCGGUACUCUGGUAACUCCCAGCAUCAGUAAACUGGCUGAUCUGAUCUCACAGUGCAUGAACUAUGACCCAAAGAAGAGGCCGUUCUUCAGAGCCAUAGUGAGAGAGCUGGACGAGAAGGACCUUCACCUUACAGACACAAUUCCUCCACAGGAGACUGAUCCUACAGAUUUCAAGAGCAGGUUCCUCAAGAAAAUACGAAAACUUGGAGAGGGUAACUUUGGGAUGGUGGAACUGUGUCUGUACGAUCCUAAGGGAGAUCAGACAGGUGAACUGGUGGCCGUCAAAUCUCUGAAAACAGAAAAUGAGAGCAGCAACCUGAGGAAAGAAAUCAGCACCAUCAGAAACCUCUACCAUGAAAACAUUGUCAAAUACAAAGGCAUCUGCAGUGAUGAAGGAGGAGCAAACAUCAAACUCGUUAUGGAGUAUUUGCCUGCUGGCAGUCUGAAAGACUACUUGCCCCGUAACAAAUCCAACAUCGAUCAGAAGAGACUGCUGCUUUAUGCUCUUCAGAUAUGUCAGGGUAUGGAGUACCUGGGAUCUCAGAACUACAUCCACAGGGAUCUGGCAGCGAGAAACAUCUUAGUGGAGAAUGAAUCCCUUGUGAAGAUCGGGGACUUUGGUCUGACUAAGAGCAUCAAAGAUGAUAAGGACUAUUACAAAGUGACUGAAGAACAGGACAGUCCUGUGUACUGGUAUGCUCCAGAAUGUCUCAUUAAUCGGAAGUUCUAUAAGGCAUCUGAUGUUUGGUCAUUUGGGGUCACUCUUUAUGAAAUCAUGUCCUACUGUGACCGUGAGAACAGCCCUCCACAGGUAUUCCUGAAAUCGAUUGGCCGGUCUCAUGGGCAGAUGACCAUGGCCAGGCUGGUAGAUGCUCUUGAGAAAGGCUGGAGGAUGCCACGUCCAGAUACAUGCCCUGAAAUGGUGUACACUCAGAUACGCAGGUGCUGGAGUCAAGCCCCAGAAAACAGAGUGGAUUUCAAGAGCCUAAUCGAAGAGUUUGAGUUUUUCGUCACUAGAGAAAACAUCUAGCUUCCAUUCAUCCGAUCCACCUACAGAAUUCAGAUGCAUUUUUUAUUUGUAUGUGUCUUGUUUAUUAUACUUAGAAACAUUAUGCACAUUACUUUCUCUUUAAAUCUUUGCCAUUUAAUCAUCUACCUCCAAAAACACGUAAAGGGUUAGUUCAAUCAAAAUUUUUAAUUAGGCUGUGUUUUACU